UAGUUAUGAACAUUUAUAUGAUGCUUUUGGAGGCUAGGUUGCUCAUCAAACAAUCCUUUCGCAGAUGCAGGAAACUUGGCGGUACACUCCUAAAGCGUGCAAUCCGGGGUCACAUUGGCAGUCAGAACAUGUGGUUCCGCCUUCAUGAAGAGGACUACAAUAUACCCAAGGAUGUCCCGAAAGGCCACCUUGUGGUGUAUGUUGGUGAAGACCGCAAGAGAUUUGUCGUCAAGGUUACCUUACUCAGCCACCCUUUGUUCCAAGAAUUGCUUGAUCUUGCCGAAGAAGCUUUUCAUUUUGCUGCAAACUCGAAACUCUGGAUUCCUUGCAACGAAUACAUUUUCCUCAGCGUUAUUCGUUGCAUCGGUUAUGAACUAGAUCGAGGGCUUCCUUAUCUUUGAUGAGGUUGCCUUUUUCUUCACAGGUUUCGCUAUCUGCUUGGAGAUUAUUAUCAAUUGUAUUGCUCGUAAGGCAAGCUAAUCUAUUCACAAUCGUGUCAUUUAUAGGAAUUAAUGUUGUG